UGUAAAAGCCUGGAAAACAGUGUACAUGCCUUGCCAUUUGUGUAUGUGUAUGUGAGUAUUUUUUGUUGCAUUUGGAGUAUUUGUGUGACCUUGGCUGCCGUGUGUGUGUGUGUGAGAGAGAGAGAGAGAGAGAGAGAGAGAGAGAGAGAGAGAGAGAGAGAGAGGGAGAGAUGGAGGGGAAGGUGUGUAGUGGGAACAACGUGCUCCAGGCGAGAAAAGCAGUGGAGCAGCUCAGAGUUGAAGCCAACAUGGACAGAGUCAAGAUCUCGGUGGCGGCGGCUCAGUUGGUGCAGUACUGCCAGGAGCACGUUCGAGCCGACCCGCUCAUCACCGGCAUGACCACCUCCGCCAACCCCUUCAAGGACAAGAAGACCUGCACACUACUCUAGACCUGUGCACCACACACACACACACACACUACUCUAGACCUGUGCACCACACACACACACACACACACACACACACACACACACUACUCUAGACCUGUAUAGUCUAGAUUUGUGUAUUCUAGACCUGAGCACUAUUUUAUACCUGUAUAGUCUAGAUUUGUGUAUUCUAGAGAGAAGAGUCUUAUCUUAGAAUGAUAGUGAAUUUAUUUAGAGAAACAUCAGACUUUGA